AAUCAGCCGGAUUGUACACAAAAAUCGACCGCUCCCAACCGCGCUGCACUGCAGUGAGCACCCCCCGAUACUCAAUGAAACCCUCCCCAUCCGCCGCUCCAUUCAUCGCUCCUUUGCCAGCCAAAAAUAACCGGGAUAAGUCGCCUGAACAGUGAUCUUAAAAUUCAUGUGCCGUGCGCUUUAAUUUGAGUGUGGAUCUGGCAAGUCUCGGCCGUCUUUUGGAAUUUAGUACCAACCGGGGAAAAGUUGAGAACAGAAGAUGAGCAGAAUGAGCAUCGCUGAAAACUAUACUGCCAAAACCCUCGCUGGGAAAACCGUAGUAUGAAAUCAUGAAACUGAGAAAAAGACGGAAGUCACAAGUGAACGGAUGGAGGGUAGUCAGGAGAUGCGUGGUGUUCUUCACGGCCAUAUGUGUGGUACCGGUACUAUUGGUACUACUCGUUGCCACCGAUCACUACAUGAGGCCCGUACAGCAGCACUCUUACAUACAUCAGCAGUUUGACCAGAAGGAGAACAUCAUAGUUGAACCAAAGCUAAACCAGAAUAUGACGCUGAUAGCGAGGAGACUCGAUAUGCGUAGAAAGCACCUGAAAAGGAUGUGUAGGGUGUUAGGACUGGAUCGUCCUGGCAACGACACGUUGCACAGACCUAACCCCUGGGAAUUCCUAGUGGACAAUAAGCACCAUCUAGUGUGGUGCAACGUAUUCAAGGCUGCUAGCACGUCUUGGAUGUACAAUUUCAAUAUACUAGCCGGAUACAGUCCGAAAUUUUUGAAGAAGAGCAAACUAGUGCCUAUGACGUUAGCAAGACAGAGGUACCCACGGCCUUCUCUGCUAGCCCUGAAGAAAGCCUUCAACUCUUCCAUUUCCUUUUUAAUAGCUCGGCACCCGUUAGAACGCCUGCUGUCCGCUUAUAGAGACAAGCUGCAAUAUGCACUACCGCAUACCCAUCACCGCAAAUUGGGCAACGAAAUCAUUAUCAAGUAUAGGUACAAAACCAAGAAAAAGAGUUUUACCACACAACGAUGGCCAACCUUCCCGGAGUUCGUGGAGUACUUGGUGGACUCAGUCAGGAACGGAGACCGACUGGACAUGCACUGGACGCCGAUUGUGGAAUUUUGCACGCCCUGCAUGUUCAACUUCAAGAUAAUAGCCCACACGGAAACUCUACAGGAGGACCAAAUGUACUUAAUUAAGAAAGCCCGCCUGGAACACCUCAUCAAACCGGAAUGGAAGAAUUCCGGAAGAGGAACAACCGCGAGUCAACUAGAGAAAUACUACUCGCAACUCACCAGGUCGCAGAUAUUGCAACUCUAUCACAUCUACAGAUACGACUUCGAACUGUUCAACUACUCCAUUCAAGGGUAUCUCGAGCUAGGCAUUCCCGACAAGGAUCCGUCGACGCUUCUAGCGGCCAUCACACUGAAGGAUUUUCGUCAAAACGAAUUGCCAAAAGUGUACUGAAUUCCGUAGGUACACUUAACUCCACCAAUUCCGUCGUUUGAAUAAUUAUAAGACGUUUUUAAAACUAUUGUGAUACUUAGAUAAGAUAGAAACCUUUAGCCAAGUAGUACGUUACAUUCUUAUAGACUUGAAUUGUUAAUUAUUUACGGAUAAUCUACGAUAACUGAUGUUACUUUGCAAACAUAGAAUAAACUUUUUGUAAAUA